ACACCCCGAAGCCUAACGAGUGUAACGCGAAAUUUGAAGCCAUCUUCUCCCUCCCCUGUUUCUUCCCCCUCACGUCAUCUUCUUUCUCUCUAUCAGCAAAUGGAAAAUUUCAAAUUCCUGAUUUCCCAAUCAAAGAAGUCAACCAUGGAAAUUUCAAGGUUACUUCCGAUUCUUCUCCAAUCAUUCAAGAAUCAGACCCUUCAUGAAUCGGACCAUAUCAACUCCUUCAAUCCAUCUCCACUUUCGCUAAUCGCCUGUAAAUCCCCCUCGCUCACAAAACCCUAGCCAGUUUCAAGCGCAUUCAGAGGCGUUGAGAAAUGAUCGAAAUCGCUCUGUUAUGCCAAUCUUCAUCCUCCCUUUUCCCUCCAGAUCCGCCAGGCUCCGGCGGCGACGAUCCAGUGAAGUCCUUUACUGUUUUAUAUGUGGUGGGCUCAGUGGUUUCCUUGGUUGUUUUUGUGGUGAUUGCCAUAUGUGCUUUUAAGUUUGCCAAGAAAGCUGCACCAGGUGUUGUAAGGGAGUUGAGGAACAUAACUGCACCUCCUAUGACUGGUCCUCCUAUAACUGCGCCAUAUAGACCUGCGCCUCCUAGACCUGCUUCUCCUCCACCUGAACUUAGCAUGGCUUCUGCAGCUAUUUGGCGAGUCGAUGCACCAACAAUGGAGAAAUUCUUCCGCAAGAUUGCCGAAGAAAAGCCAGUCAGAUUCACUGCUGACCAACUUUAUACCUUCACAAGCAACUACUCGACACGGCUUGGAUCUGGAGGUUUUGGUGAGGUUUACAAAGGAAAGUUCCCAAAUGGGGUGAAUGUUGCAGUGAAGGUUUUGAAGAGAAGCUCAGACAAAAGGGCUGAAGAGCAAUUCAUGGCUGAGGUAGGAUCAAUUUGCAGGACUUAUCACAUUAAUUUGGUCAGGCUGUAUGGUUUUUGCUAUGACCAUUUCAUGAGUGCACUUGUUUUUGAAUACUUAGAAAAUGGAUCUCUGGACAAGUACUUGUUUGGCAAAAGAAAAGAAAUUGAAUGGAGAAAAUUACAUGAUAUAGCAAUUGGAACAGCCAGAGGUCUUGCUUAUCUUCAUGAGGAAUGCCAACAGAGAAUCAUUCACUAUGAUAUUAAACCUGCAAACAUUCUUCUAGAUGCCAACUUCUUCCCCAAAGUUGGUGAUUUUGGGCUUGCCAAGCUCUGCAAUAGGGACAAUACACACAUCUCGUUCAGCGGCUAUCGAGGCACUCCUGGUUACUCGGCGCCCGAAUUUCUGUUGAUUAACUAUCCAAUAACGCACAAGUGCGAUGUGUAUAGCUUCGGAAUGGUGUUGUUUGAGAUCAUCGGAAGAAAGAGCAAUGCUGACACAACUGUUUCUGGGAAUCCUGAUUGGUUCCCACAACAUGUGUGGGAUGCUUAUGAAUAUGGUAAGUUAGAAGAACUGAUUGUUGGUUGUGGCAUUGGAGAGGAAGAUAAGGAGACGGCGAACCGAGCGUGUGAGGUGGCUUUCUGGUGCGUGCAGGACUCCCCUGACGGGCGACCGCCAAUGAGUGCAGUGGUGAAGAUGUUGGAGGGAGGAGUUGAGAUAAUGCCACCAGCAAAGCCAUUUCAAUAUUUGAAUCCAAUGAGAAUGGGGAAUAAUUCAACGAGUUCACAACAAACAAGCAGUACGAGUUCAGAUUCUUCGACGAGCAGAGAUACAAAUUCUCAAUGGUAUAGGAAGACUACAACAAUCAUGAGAAAAUACGAAAUACAAAUGGCUAGCUCUUGAUUUAUUGGUAAGAAAAACUUGUAUAAUAUCGUAGAAAAGUCUUCAUCUGUUUACAAAUCUAUUAUUGUUGUUAAAUGAAAGGUCAUUUUUUGUUUUUUUACAGAAUAGAAAAAGUUGAAAUAUGGGUCUAAUGUAAGCUUUUGCUACUCUUAUUUUGAUUUGGAAUCCUGAUUUUAAUUGGGAACCCACCAUCAAAUAGAAUAAAGUUUUGGUGAAG